UUCGAUGCGAGCAAACUCGCUUCGAAUCCAACCAUAACCCCACCUUCGCGAAUAUGUUAUCCACCUUCGACCACUCCAAAACACACGAAAUCUGAGCAUCACUAUGGAGAUCUCCUCUUCUUUAACACUCCCUCUCUCUUCUUCGACGAGACCUUUACCGCCACCUUCUCUUCCCAUCUCUUCUUCUCACUCCGCUUUCUUCAUCACCAGUUCUGUCUUCAGCAGAACUAGCUUCAAAAGUAGUUCCCUGUUUCUUAGUCAACGCAGAGCAAAAACUCAAAAUCCCAAGAGGGGCUUCUCUUGCAACGCUUUGUUUGGCCUUGGUGUGCCUGAACUUGCUGUUAUCGCUGGAGUCGCUGCUUUAGUUUUUGGUCCCAAGAAGUUGCCUGAAGUGGGCAGGAGUAUUGGCAAGACCGUCAAGAGCUUCCAACAGGCUGCAAAGGAGUUUGAGUCAGAGCUUAAAAAGAAUCCUGAUUCUGAAACAAACCUGCCUGUGGAGAAUCCUACCGCAGCCAAUGUAGAGGAGAAACAAGAUGAGAAGAUCCCAAACUCAAAGGAAAGUUUAUGAGAGUAGAAAUCUUGUUUAGUUGGUAAAGUUUAUAAAUAUUCCACUGUUAUAUCAAUGAGUUUAGAACAAGCAGGUUCAUUUUGAAUAAAUAUAAUUGAAAAUUUCAUUUUUGGGAGUCCUUGUUUAAAGAAAUUGGGAGACUAAUAUAGCAUUAAAUUUAGUUGAAA